CUGAUUGCAUGUUCACUGUAACUUCAACGUGUUGAAGUUCAGCUAUGAGUAGUGAACGUUGUGAAAAAUAGAUAUUUAACGUAUCUAACGUAAUAUAAUUUAUAUUCGCUAUCUUUGGGUAGUGCAUUAGCAGGCAUCAUGGUGAAGGAACAAUUUAGAGAGACGGAUGUGGCCAAAAAAAUAAGCCACAUCUGUUUUGGGAUGAAAUCUGCGGAACAGAUGAGGCAGCAGGCUCAUAUCCAAGUGGUCAGCAAGAACCUGUACAGCCAGGACACCAGUCACACGCCACUCUCCCAUGGAGUUCUGGACCAUCGCAUGGGCACGAGUGAAAAGGACCGACCAUGUGAAACGUGUGGAAAGAAUUUGGCCGAUUGUCUGGGUCACUACGGAUACUUAGACCUGGAACUGCCCUGCUUUCAUGUUGGAUACUUCAAAGCCAUCAUAGGAAUCUUGCAGAUGAUCUGUAAAACGUGUUCCCAUAUCAUGCUGUCUAAAGAGGAGAAGCUUCAGUUCAUGGACCACCUCAGAAGGCCCGGUCUGGUCUACCUUCAGAAACGCGGCCUGAAGAAGAAGAUCUCGGACAAAUGCAGGAAGAGAACAGUCUGCCUUAACUGCAAUGCAUUCAAUGGUCCGGUGAAGAAGUGUGGACUGCUGAAGAUUCUUCAUGAGAAAUACAAGACUACUAAGAAGGUGGUGGACCCCAUAGUGUCAGACUUUCUGCAGUCCUUCGACAUUGCCAUCGAGCAUAACAAGGAAGUGGAGGCUCUACUAACACGGGCUCAAGAGAACCUCAACCCGCUGGUGGUGCAGAAUAUGUUCCGGAGGAUUCCGGCGGAGGACGUGCCACUGCUGCUAAUGAACCCAGAGUCGGGGAAGCCGGCCGACCUCAUCCUGACCCGGCUACUGGUGCCACCACUCUGCAUCCGGCCCUCGGUGGUCAGCGACCUCAAGUCCGGCACCAACGAGGACGACCUCACCAUGAAGCUCACAGAGAUAAUUUUCCUCAACGACGUCAUCAAGAAGCAUCGCAUGACGGGUGCGAAGACCCAGAUGAUCAUGGAGGACUGGGACUUCCUGCAGCUGCAGUGUGCCCUGUACAUCAACAGUGAGCUCUCGGGCAUCCCCCUCAACAUGGCGCCCAAGAAGUGGACCAGGGGCUUUGUGCAGAGACUCAAGGGCAAACAAGGGCGUUUCCGUGGAAACUUGUCGGGAAAGCGAGUGGAUUUCUCCGGCAGAACAGUCAUCUCCCCUGACCCCAACCUGCGGAUUGAUGAAGUGGCUGUUCCCAUCCAUGUCGCCAAAAUUCUGACCUACCCAGAGAAGGUGAACAAAGCCAACAUCGAGCUGAUGAGAAAGCUGGUGAAGAACGGACCUGAAUUGCACCCUGGGGCCAACUUCAUUCAACAGAGACACAACCAGAUGAAGAGAUUCUUGAGGUACGGUAACCGUGAGAAGAUGGCCCAGGAGCUGAAGUUUGGCGACGUGGUCGAGAGACACAUGAUCGACGGCGACAUCGUGCUCUUCAACCGACAGCCCUCUCUGCACAAGCUCAGCAUCAUGGCUCACAUCGCGCGCGUGAAGCCUCACAGGACGUUCCGCUUUAACGAGUGCGUGUGCACGCCGUACAACGCCGACUUCGACGGCGACGAGAUGAACCUCCAUCUUCCCCAGACGGAGGAGGCCAAGGCUGAGGCCCUGGUGCUCAUGGGGACAAAAGCCAACCUGGUUACACCGAGAAACGGAGAGCCGUUGAUUGCAGCUAUUCAGGACUUCCUAACAGGAGCUUACUUGCUGACCCUGAAGGACACCUUCUUUGACCGGUCCAAAGCCUGCCAGAUCGUGGCCUCCAUCCUCGUUGGCAAAGAUGAGAAGGUCAAAAUAUCCCUGCCUCGCCCUGCCAUCAUGAAGCCGCUCAAUCUGUGGACGGGGAAGCAGAUCUUCAGCUUGAUCCUGAAGCCAAGCGCAGCCUGUCCAGUCAAAGCCAACCUGCGCACCAAAGGCAAACAGUACAGUGGCAAAGGAGAAGACCUGUGCUCCAACGACUCGUUCGUGGUGAUCCAGAACAGUGAGCUGAUGUGCGGUAGCUUGGACAAAGGCACGCUGGGCUCCGGCUCCAAGAACAACAUCUUCUACAUCCUGCUACGUGACUGGGGCCAGAUGGAAGCGGCCAAUGCCAUGUCCCGCCUGGCUCGCCUCGCCCCCGUCUACCUGUCCAACAGGGGCUUCUCCAUCGGCAUAGGUGACGUGACUCCAGGUCAGGGGCUGCUGAAUGCCAAGCAGGAGCUGCUGGACGCCGGCUACAAGAAGUGUGACGAGUACAUCGAGGCCCUGAACACCGGCAAGCUCCAGCCGCAGCCAGGCUGCACACCUGAGGAGACGCUGGAGGCCCUGAUUCUGAGAGAGCUGUCUGUCAUCAGAGAUCACGCAGGUAGCGCAUGUCUCAGAGAGCUGGACAAAAGCAACAGUCCUCUCAUCAUGGCCCUGUGUGGCUCCAAAGGGUCUUUCAUCAAUAUCUCUCAGAUGAUCGCCUGUGUCGGUCAGCAGGCCAUCAGUGGCUCCCGUGUGCCUGAUGGCUUCGAGAACCGCUCCCUGCCUCACUUUGACAAGCAUUCGAAGCUCCCCGCCGCCAAGGGCUUUGUGGCGGACAGUUUCUACUCUGGGCUCACCCCCACCGAGUUCUUCUUCCACACAAUGGCCGGCAGAGAGGGCCUGGUGGACACCGCUGUGAAGACGGCCGAAACUGGAUACAUGCAGAGGCGUCUGGUGAAGUCCCUGGAGGACCUCUGCUCCCAGUACGACCUGACGGUGCGAAGCUCCACGGGCGACAUCAUCCAGUUCAUCUACGGCGGCGACGGCCUCGACCCCGCCGCCAUGGAGGGCAAGGACGAGCCCCUGGAGUUUAAGAGAGUCCUCGACAACAUCAGGUGUGUGUACGCCUGCCCAAGCGAGCCGGCCUUGAGCAGGAACGAGCUGGUGCUGACCGCCGAGUCCAUCAUGAAGAAGAGCGACUUCAUGUGCUGCCGGGACACCUUCCUUGAUGAAAUAAAGAAAUUCAUUAAGAGUGUCUCUGAGAAAAUCAAGAAGACCCGUGACAAAUAUGGCAUCAAUGACAACGGCACCACUGAGCCAAAGGUCCUCUACCAGCUGGACAGGAUCACUCCCACUCAGCUGGAGAAGUUUCUGGAGACAUGCAGGGACAAGUAUAUGAGGGCUCAGAUGGAGCCGGGCUCGGCGGUGGGCGCCCUCUGUGCGCAGAGCAUCGGGGAGCCGGGCACGCAGAUGACCCUCAAGACCUUCCACUUCGCCGGCGUGGCCUCCAUGAACAUCACGCUGGGCGUGCCCCGCAUCAAGGAGAUCAUCAACGCCUCCAAGAACAUCAGCACACCGAUUAUCACCGCCCACUUGGAUGUGGAGGAUGACGCAGACUUCGCUCGGCUGGUCAAAGGCCGCAUCGAGAAAACGCUGCUGGGCGAGAUCUCGGAGUACAUCGAGGAGGUGUUCCUUCCAGAUGACACCUUCAUCUUGGUGAAGCUCUCACUCGAGAGGAUUCGACUUCUGCGCCUGGAGGUCAACGCUGAGACGGUGCGCUACUCCAUCUGCAUGUCCAAGCUGCGCGUGAAGCCGGGCGACAUCGCCGUGCACGGGGAGGCGGUGGUGUGCGUGUCGCCGCGCGAGAACAGCAAGAGCUCCAUGUACUACGUGUUGCAGUCGCUCAAGCAGGACUUGCCCAAGGUGGUGGUGCAAGGCAUCCCUGAGGUGGCCCGUGCUGUCAUUCACAUCGACGACCAGAGCGGCAAGCAGAAGUUCAAGCUGCUCGUGGAGGGAGACAACCUCCGCAGUGUCAUGGCAACCCACGGCGUCAACGGCAGCCGGACGACCUCGAACAACACUUACGAAGUUGAGAAGACCCUUGGCAUAGAAGCUGCCCGCACCACCAUCAUCAACGAGAUCCAGUAUACGAUGAGCAACCACGGCAUGAGCAUAGACCGGCGGCACGUCAUGCUGCUCGCUGACCUCAUGUCCUAUAAGGGCGAGAUCUUGGGAAUCACCCGCUUCGGUCUGGCUAAAAUGAAGGAGAGUGUUCUGAUGCUGGCGUCCUUUGAGAAGACGGCCGAUCACCUGUUCGACGCCGCCUACUUCGGCCAGAAGGACUCUGUCUGUGGUGUGUCCGAGUGCAUCAUCAUGGGCAUUCCGAUGAACAUCGGAACCGGCUUGUUCAAGCUGCUCCAUCGAGCAGAUAAAGACCCCAACCCGCCCCGCAGACCCCUGCUCUUCGACAACCCCGAGUUCCACAUCCCCCUGGUGACCCCCUAAGGCUAACGCUAAUCCUAACCCUAGCGCUUACUCUAGGGUAUUAUAGGAGGGAACUUGCCCAAGCUUCCAUUUAUAGAAAUGGUCUGUGCCUAUGGAGUUUUGGGGGGAGACAGAGCACUGUUUGGACUUGAAGAAAUAACAGGGUUGAGUAUGGCGCUAUGUGAGGGGAUAUGUUUGAUUUUGCGGUCAUUCAAAGGGAAGAUGCUGACUGAGGAAAUGCACCUGACCCCAUUCUUAACAUGGGUCCAUGUUAACGGGUUCAUUCAUUGAAGAUACAGUAUAAGCAGCAAGUUCACCAGGUCUACCGGGAUUCUUUUUAUUUUUUCCUACCCUAGUCAAUCCCAGCUGUUGAUUGAUGAGAAGACUCUUGACUGUUUUGAUAGGGACAAAAGGACAAAAAGAGUUCAUCAUUUUCCACCGGGAAGGAACUUGGACAGCCUUCGAUUUGCUGUCGUUACAAACAUCUUUUUUUUUUCAGUGGAAACCUUUGAUUCUUCUGAAUUUUACCUCAAAGCAGAGUGACUAAGUCGCUCUUUUUUUGUUUGCUGGCAGUUGUUUCAUUGAAAGACACAUUUCAUUUCUUUGUUUGUUUCAGUGUGCCUUCUUUCCGAAGUUAUUGUACAAUCGUGUACAGCAUGUUUUGGGCUAGUGUCAUUUUUCUUUUCUUUUUCAAGUAACUAGCUUGCCGUGUCUGCUUGUUGAGUUAGCAUUUUUUUCAGUUAUUAAGAUAAAUAGUGCAAAACAGGUCGCUGAGGUAAAUGCCCUUUAUUCCUAAUGGUGUUUGCGUUCGGACAAAAUGGACGAGGUAGUCAUGCUAAUAGCUCUGGUUUUGGAGUUUGUCUCAAUUUGUCUUUUGUCUUACUCUGUCAACCUUGAAUUAAUGUGCAGAGAACAAGUAUGACUAAAGCCUGAGUGAUUGUCAACUAUUUUUUAUUUUCCGUUUUUCAUCUGUAUAAAGCUUGAUUAUAUAGCCUAUAUAUGUUUGUGAAUAAAGUGUAAAUAAAGGAAUGUCUAUCUGGAGCAACAUUUUA